GCCGAGAAUCUCUUCUGCGCCUCUCUUUCUAAUCCUCCUCCUCGAUCUCUUUCUUCUUUUCUUCUCUCUCAUUUUCACUUCUUUUCUUUCCUUGAUUCGCUGUUGUCCAGAUCUUCCUCUUCGUGGCUCUCCAGCUCCAUUACUCUCCAUUGAUCAAGAUCUGCCUGUCCGUGGCUCUCCAGCUCCAUUACUCUCCGUUGAUCAAGAUUGGAAGGCAACAGUUGUUCGUCUCAUAUUUUAUGAGAAAAAGGUAGAGAACUAUGGAAUUGAUGAAUGCUUGCUGAAAGACUGGCAUUUAAGGAAUUGCUUCUGCUUGCAUGUGGUUUUGGUCCCGUUGGUUUCAGUUUGAGAAAGUAAUAGAGUGAAGAAAGGCCAUGGGAGGUGGACGGAAAAAUUUGAGGAGGGCUGUUGAGGAAGAGACCUUAACGCUUCAACAAGGGCAAAGCAUCAUGCAAGUUGUGGACCUACGGGGCUCCAAUCUUAUUGAGGUAAUGGAUGCAAAAAGAGAAAGAUUGUUAGCUAUAUUUCCAGCAAAAUUUCAAAAGAGCAUGUGGAUAAAACGAGGGAACUUUGUGGUGGUUGACGAGACUGGAAGGGAGGAAGCAGCUGAAUUUGGUCGGAAAGUAGGUUGCGUUGUUAUACAAGUGCUCUUUUAUGAACGAGUACGAGUGCUCCAAAAAUCUCCUGAAUGGCCAGAAGUAUUUAAAGCAGCAACUUCAGGAAAUUCGAAGCAGGAUUUGCAGUCGCACACUUCAAAUAUGGAGGAGAAUGACAAUUCAAGUGAUGAUGAUGGACUUCCACCUUUAGAAGCCAAUACAAACAGAUUGAGACCUUUCCAAUCACAUUCAGAUACAGAGUCAGCUUCAGAUUCUGAUUCCGAGGCCUGAUGCAUACUUUUUCCUAUUUAUUAUGCAUGGAUCUCAAGAGAUGACCGGAAAACUUCUUGUAAGAAUAGAGGAAAGACGUACUUCUGUCCUGUGAUGCUGCUUCAUGGUUGAAGCUUCACCAAGUUCAGAGCAAUGCGAAAUUUUGCAAUGUCUGCUAUAUGUUUUAGGGCUUACUUUCCCACAUUUGAGAUUUUAAGACGGCAGUACAUCAUCAUACAUUAUGGUUAAAAUUGGACUCAUUUUGUGGUGUACCAUCAUGGUAGGAUAAUCUUUGAGGUGUUGCGCCCUCUAUCAAGUGAGGAUUAUUUGCAGUUCAUGAAAGGCUACUGUGGGAUUCUAGCUAGUCAUCUGCUGUUUCUUGUACGUCUGUGCGUGAGAGUCAAAAAAAAAAAUGGUGUACAUGUAAGCGGAGGAAAAAUGAGGUAAAAUACAAAGAAAUCUGAAGCGGUCUUUUCAUUCCAA